CGUACGCAAAAGUACAAAGGUGAAAAUUGAAAUUGUUUACAAGUUUACACUUACAUCAAGUAAAAAAUGUUAAGAAUAAUGGUAUCGCUUACGUAGUCUGUGUAUGUCUUUCGCCCAUACUUAAAGUAGCUAGCAAUUUUUGUUGACCCAGAUCGCGAGUAGCGUUGGCUUUGUACGAAGUAGGUACGGAACAUUUUAAAAUUUUAUUUCUUCACUUUAUAGCCAGGGUGUUGAUUUAUUUAAUUGAUUUGAGGUUUUACUAAGUAUUUGCUAUGUCGAACAGUGCUCCACUUAUUGUGAGAUUAUUAGCUUCAUCAGUAUCGGUUGCUAAUCGAGCAGGUAAAAUAGUAAGAGAUGUAAUGAGCAAAGGAGAGCUAGGUAUAGUUGAAAAGGGAAAAGACGAUUACCAAACAGAAGCUGAUAGAUCUGCUCAGAAAUGUAUUAUAGCUUCACUUUCUGCUCAGUAUCCAAAAUUAUGUAUUAUUGGUGAAGAAGAUAAUCCUGAUAAUGAAACAGAGGUUCCAAGCGACUGGCUUAUAGUCGAUGCAGAUAAAGAAGUGCUGUUGCUGAACUGCCCUGACAGUCUUCUGGGUGUGAAGGAAGAGGACAUUGUAGUUUGGGUUGAUCCCCUUGAUGGGACUGCAGAGUACACUCAAGGUGCCCUAAUGUUGAAGAGGAAUCCAUGGGAAAGAGGCAAAAUGUACUUAAUGCAUCCAUUUAUUAGUAUGAAGUGGUACUUAAGUUUACUGCAAUCAAACUAUGGGUUUUUAGAACAUGUUACAGUAUUAAUUGGAAUAGCUGUUAAUGAAAAACCUGUAGCAGGUGUGAUCCACCAACCAUAUUAUAAAUCAAUUGUGGAUGGUGAAAAAAAAUUGGGUAGAACAAUAUGGGGGCUGCAAGAAGCUGGCGUGGGCGGUUUUUCAUCUGCCGCACCCCCAGACUCUUUGAUUAUUACUACAACAAGAAGUCAUUCUAACCCUCUUGUUGAAAAAGCUUUGCAAGUCAUGGAAGCUUCACAAAUCCUGCGAGUUGGUGGGGCAGGUUACAAGGUUCUACAAUUAUUGGAAGGGCAGGCGUCCGUAUAUGUAUUUGCUAGUCCUGGAUGUAAGAAAUGGGACACAUGUGGCCCUGAGGCAAUACUCUCUGCUGCAGGCGGCAAACUGACUGACAUUGUUGGUAAUUUCUACAAGUAUGGUGCUUCAGAAUCUAGACCGAACAAAAUGGGCGUUCUAGCUGCUGUCAAUGAUGAUCUUCACAAAUACGCAAUCAGUAAAAUACCCCAAGAAUUGAAAGAAGCGCUAGCAAAUAAAUAACAGAUGAUAGCAUCAUAUUGGGUGUAUUCCGAAUCAAACACCAGUACGCUGACCAGUGGUAAUGACGUCAUGAUUUCGACGCCAUAUUGACAACACUAUUACUACACCAGUGC